AUAAUAACGCUGCUCCAUCACCACUGUUACUGAACGUCACAUUAUGGAUGAUGUCACCUGUCAGAUGAUGGAGCUCAAAUAGUCAGAACCCUGUCUUUCAGCCAGAGGACCAGAACCACAGACUCUGAAGUCAGUGGUCCUUCAGACUGCAGAUGUUUAACAGGACUAGAAAUCUGAAGAGAGGAAGAUCAUCAAGUAAAACACACACACACACACACACACAAACACACAAACUCAGAUACCAGGUGGUAGUGUGUGAAUAUUUCUAAUUCAAGGAGGACAAAAGUCAAAACUCAGUGACUCUGCAGGAAGUCUGUCUGUCAAUCUGUCAAUCACUUCUUUAAAUUAGCAGCAGGAUGAUGUGCACCUGCACCAGGACACAGACCAGCAGCAGGACUUGGACAGAUGGCAGUAUGUGGACCUGCGGCAGGACGUGGACCUGCGGCAGGACAGUUUGAUUUGAACGUCACCUUCAUCUUUGUUUUCUUGGAGCUUGUCAUUCAUUUCAUAUUGUAUCAUCUCCUCUUCCUCCUGCCUCAGACCCAGCAGCUGUGAUUGGCUGAUAUUUUUAUCCUGCUGUCAACGCUGGUCUGACUCCUUAUCCCAGUCCACUCCCUGAUUGGGAAGGGCUUGAGGAAAACCCUGACCGGUUUAACUCCGCCCCUCUGAGAGCUUAUCCCUGUGUUCAGUCCUUGAUCAGCUCAGAUCUCUCAGUCUGCAGGGACCACAGCUGCACAAUUAAACACUAAGACUACAGAAGAACCAGAACCUGUACCAGACUUGAAGGUCCUUGACCAGAAGACCUCUGUGAUCUUCUGGUCCAACCCUGAUGUUCUUCUCAUACUUCAACCUUUUCCAGGUGUGUGGAUGAAGCAGAUUCUUCUCAGUUCAGCCUGGUGUCCACACAAGGCUGGGACACACCGUACCAGUGCCUUCGUUCUGGGAAUUCUGAGGACCAGACCUGGACUUUAGACCAUUAUGACUCUCCUGGGAUCUGAAGACUCUGUACUGAUACGAAGCAGGUUCAGAUCGGUUCUACAGCUAAGACUUCAGCAGAGGACGAGAGGACAGAAGGACGACCUAGGAAUCAUGCCAUUCAACCAUGGGAAACUCCUGAAGCAGGAGAACUCGUACACCUUUGAGGAAGACAGCAGCAGCAGCAGCAGUGACAGCAGCAGCGAGAGCUUAUCUCCAGACCAGAACCACAUUACUGAGUCUCAGAACUUGGCCGGUCCGUUAUGUGAUGCUGUAGGCAGCCGCACCUGCACGUCCUCCUCACCCACCCUCUGUGCUCCGCAACAGAAAAGUAGAAACCCUGAAGAACAGAACAAGGAUGGCGGACUGCACAAAACCAACACCAGCCUGAUGAGUGCACUCAUUUCUGUCCCUGCCAUUGUCAAGUCCAAGACCAAUGACAAGAACAGGGCAAAGAAACCUAAAGACAUGAAGCCAAAGGUGAGGAAGCUAAAGUACCACCAGUACAUCCCUCCAGACCAGAAGACUGAGAAGUCUCCUCCACCAAUGGACUCGGCCUACGCCCGACUCCUUCAGCAGCAGCAACUGUUUUUACAGCUGCAGAUCCUGAGUCAGCAGAAACACUCGCAGCAGCAGCAGCAGCAGCAGCAGCAGCAGCAACAACAGCAGCAACAGCAGCAGCAGCAACAGCAGAGACAGCCCACCUUUAGUUACCACCCACGGCCAUCGAUACACACUCACAGAAGGUCCAGUGAUUCCAUCUCUGCCUGUGGUUCAGGUAGUCCAUCCAGUACCACGAAUGAGUCUUCUUCUCCAGUCAAAAGCACAUUUCCGAACCAGGGCAACAUCUCAGCAGGCAAACCUGCACCUCUGCCAACAAACCUGGACGACCUGAAGGUUUCAGAGCUCAGGCAGCACCUGAGAGUCCGUGGAAUGCCGGUCUCAGGCACCAAAAUGGCUCUGAUUGAGAGACUCCGUCCCUUUAAAGAGUCCAUUACAAGCUCUUCCCCUUCAGGAUCUUCUGACAUCACCACAGUGACAUUCCCAGUCACACCUGCUGGGUCUUUAUCUUCGUACCAGUCUCCAUCCUCCUCCGGUGCUCCGUCUCAGGGAGGGAUCUAUCAGUAUCCCAGCACUUCCUCUUCCCCACCCGUCUCCCCAGCCUCGUCGGAGCUGUCCCUCAGUGGAUCCCUCCCUGACAGCUUUAGUGACGUCAACGUGUCUUCACCAACAUUUGGGCUCCAGGUAUCACCGAGCCGGCCCAGUCUCCAGGAGGAUGGAGGACAGAAGGCGGGGGAUUGUGGUGUGGAGGGAGCUUCUGAUGGCCUAGAUGGAGAAAAGGACAAGAUGUUGGUGGAGAAGCAAAAAGUAAUCGAGGAGCUGACCUGGAAACUUCACCAGGAGCAGAGACAGGUUGAGGAGCUAAAGUUGCAGCUUCACAGCAGGAAGCGCUGCUACACAGCAACACAGGAGAACUCCCCUCAGUCUCACCCAUUUCACCCUUCAGUGAUGGGACAGAAUCUCUUCGGAGCGACGGUCAAACAGGAACCCAUGUCGUUCUCCUCCUGCUGUCCGCUGUCUUCUCCCAUACGUCUAAAAUGCACCACAGGCAACUGCCCAGAGGACAGGGGGCGCUGCAAGAGCCAAACCCCUGUCUCAACCUUCCUCACCCCUCAGUGCUCACCUCGGGACUCCCCCAAUGAAAAACCGUGCACUAGUCCCCAGCCCUCAACCCCCUCUCAUAACUCAUACCUGACCCCCCCAACAGUGGGGAAGGAUGGAUGUGGACAACACCAGGGUCCUGGACACAGCGGAGGACACAACAUGGAGGUGCAGCAGAAGAUCAGUGGACAGACUCCAACCUGCUCCUAUUCUUCUGACCAUACAGGAGGUUCCACAAACUCAGGUGACUGUGGACUGAACCAAGCAGGGUCCAACAAAGACCAGAACGAGGACCAGCAGUCAAAGACCUCCUUCCUGCUGUCUCCUCCACAACUCACUAGUAAACCAUCCCUAUCAUCCUUCACUGGUUUAAAUACGGAACCGGCUGAGCAACCACAGCCUCCCUGUUACCAGGAGGCAAUGAAACAGCAGCUGAGCAAAGGUCAGCAGAUGGAGGAACUUCUGGACCUUAUCCUUGAGACUGGGGGUUGUCCUGGACUCCUGCUCCCCAGGUGCCAUCGUCAUCAUCAUGAGCUUUUCUAUCCCAACCAGUACCAGCACCUGACCAGUCACAUUAGUGAGGGUCACAUGGAGACACUUCUGGGAAGUCAGUUUAGCCGUGGAGGAGAAGGAGUUCUUCACAGAACAUCCAGUGAGGACCAGAGCAGUUACAGCAGUCCCCCAAACCUCUACCAACACAGCCAAAACCAGAACCCUCAAGACAAACUGUACACCAGCAGAGAACCCACAGACAGCACUCUGUCACCCAUCGGUGGCAGGGCCUCAACUUUCCCUGAGGUGACGGGGAUGGUGAACCUGGCCUUUAGCGAGACACCCUGGGAGACCAUGGAGUGGUUGGACCUGAUGCCGCCCACAGCUGCAGCCUUCAGCAUUCCACCACCAGGUUCUCCCAGUAUCUUCAAUGACGAGUUCCACGAUGGCUCCAACAUGCACACGGCUGUGGACCUUCAGCUGGACCAAUGGUGAAGAGCAGGAACUCACUCAUGGCCACUUUCCAUGUCCCUCAUCACUGUCAUGGGAGGAUCCAGGACUUCGAAAGCAGAAAGCAGAGGUUCUGGCAUACCGUCAAUAUUUACGCUGCUGAGCACCCGAACCAGGCACAGAAAGCAAACCAAAGAUUAAGCCAGUUCCAAUACUAGUCCCAGAAUUAGUUGCCAAAAAAGGUUGUUCAAUGAUGAAGAAAAGAACUUGGAGUUUUGUUUGGCUUAGUACUUCUAACCUGAAAGCUAGACUUAAGCUAUUGUUCAUUAACCUCUCAGCUUUGUUCUACAUUUUUGAAAAAAUAAACAUCAUGGUCCAAGAGAUUGGUCAGAAUCAGUGCUGACAGCUGUCAGAACUCCCAACCUCCCCAGGCCGCCUCCGCAAAAAACAAAACGGGAUCAUCCCAACAGAGUCUGGAUUGACAACAAAAUGAGAGACAGAACCAAAAAGCGGUGCCAGGAAAUACUGACCUUGAUUUUUUUUUUUUUUUUACUCCUGUUCUUAAGAUCAACCAGACUCUCUUUUACUGGAACGGUACUGUUUUUGUUUAUUCUUUGUCCAUUGUCUUUGGUGUCUAUGAUUUUACACAAAUAAUUUUCAACCACUGUUUUGUCAUGUAAAUAAAUGUGUCUAAAAGAAUCACACUCUGCACCUUUGGCUUCGCACACAUUUGUCACAUUUGCUGGAUUUAAAGUUUUGAUUAGAUGUGUGUAUUUUUUAUAUAGUUUUUGGUUUUCCACAAUAUAUUUACAGGAUGCAGCAAAUGUCUUAACACAAAAGCUUUUUAUAGAUUUUCACAUAUUUUAGCACAUAUUUUUUUACUGAAAGCUUCAAACAAAUGUUUAAAACAUCACCUUGAUAUCUUCAGACCAAUCACAUGUAUUUAUUUUGUGUUUCGUUAUCAUAUAUUUAUAGUUUUGUCUGUAUUUAAAAUUUCAUUUUUGUAAAAUAAUUCAUUUUUCACAAAUAAUUUUUUAAUGAGGCAAAAAAGUCCUGCUUUCUUAAAAGGAGUAAAAAGACAAAAGUACAAAACAAAAACUGUGAAUAGUGUGAUGUUAAAACAUUUUCUUAAUUAGACAGAACGAAUGCUAACCUAAAACUGAGCCAGAUGACUGUGACUUACAGGAUGGAUCUUGAUGACAUCAUCAAUGACAUCACAACAAAAAAAUAAAAAUAUUUCCCAGCUUCUUGACCGUUGACACAUUUGACACCACCGCAAUUUGUCUCACUUUGUGUUUUGAAUAUUCUUUGUUAUUUUUGUAUAUUGACACUGACUUUUAUGCUAUUUCUCAAACCAUUCUCUUAGCAUUACUCACCUAUUGAACAAUGACCUGCUGGUUUACUAAAACUCCCUCAUCUGAAAUAGUCAAAGCUGUUUUUCUUACUGCUGUGGUAAGAUCUGUUUUAGUUUCAGUAAGAUCUUGGAUUAUUUCAUCCCAACUUUUUUUUAUCCAGAAAUGUUGGAACCUUACCUCUGAACCUCAACAUUAUCUUCCUGUCGUUUGGCCAUUGACUGGUUUUGAUGAAAACCCUUUCGCUUUGCAUCUGUGUACCAAGAGAGAGAGAUAAACAAUAAAUGUAUC